AUGCAUUUCUCCACGGCCAACUCACAAACACCGUCUACAUGGCACAACCACGAGGAUUCGUUGAUGACAACCAUCCGGACCACGUCUGCUGGCUACAGAAAUCCAUCUACGGUCUACAUCAGGCGCCGCGCUAGUGAUCCCCCUCUCCUCAUGCUUGAUCACAAUCAAACCCACAUCUUUCUUCUUGUCUAUGUCGACGACAUCCUCGUCACCGGCAACAACAACGAAGCCAUCUCCAACAUGCUGUCGAAACUACAUUCUCAAUUCAACAUGAAGAACCUAGGACCGGCUCAUCACUUCCUUGACAUCAAGAUCCAAAAUCUAACAGAUAAGUAUUUCUUAUCCCAAUCAUCUUACGCCUUAUCGAUUUUAAACUCAGUUAAUCUCACUGAAUGCAAUCCUCUCUCUAAUACGACUUGCACCAAACUUCUGGCACAGGUACCUGAGGAUGCCAUUCUCUCCGCACCAAGAACAUACAGAAGGAUUACCGGAUCACUGCAGUAUCUCACUCUAACCCGUCCAGACAUAGCCUACGCCGUCAAUGUGCUAUCACAACACAUGGACGAACCUUCUUCGCAACAUGUCUACCUACUCAAAAGAUUGCUAUGCUACCUCAAAGGGACACAGACAUUCGGUCUACCCAUUCUCAAAGCUCUGCUCACUCUAUCUACCUAUUUCGAUGCCGAUUGGGCAGGUGAUCCAACAACAAGGAAAUCCACCACUAGCCAUUGCACCUUCCUAGGCGACACGCUCAUUUCGUGGGUUGUCAAGAAGCAGACCACGGUAGCCCGAUCCUCCAUGGAAUUUGAGUAUCGAGCGCUCGUGGCAGCAACUGCGGACAAUAUCUAG